AUGACCGCGGGCAGCGGAGCCGCGGCCGGCACCGCCACCUCCGCCCUCUGCCUGCUCCUGUCGCUCACCUCCGUGGCCGUGUGCCUGCUGCUGGGGGCCAAGACGGCGGAGCUGCAGGGCCGGCUGGCAGCCCUGGAGGAGCGCGGCCCCGGGCUGGACGCGCUGCAGCCCCGCGUGGAGCAGCUCUUCCGAGAGAAAAUGGGUGAAGGACUGGCAAAGCUGCGGACGGCGAGAGAGGCUCCAUCAGACUGCAUGUGCCCCCCAGGCCCUCCGGGGAGGCGAGGGAAGCCCGGCAGGCGCGGAGAACCAGGACCUGCAGGGCAGUCAGGACGUGAUGGUUACCCGGGGCCUCUUGGUUUGGAUGGAAAACCAGGACCUCCAGGACCAAAAGGGGAAAAGGGUGAAGCAGGGGACAUCGGCCCGAGGGGUCUCAAAGGCGAGCCAGGAGAGGAAGGCCUUGUGGGUGCCAGGGGACCUCCAGGACCAAAGGGUGAGCCUGGUGUCCAAGGGAAAAAGGGUGAUGAUGGGAUCCCUGGGGAGCCAGGACUUAUGGGCCCUAAGGGAGAAAAAGGAAGUGUGGGUCCCAAGGGAGAGAACGGCACAGAUGGCUUGCCAGGUCCCAAGGGUGAGCCUGGUGAGAAGGGAGGAGUUGGCUCUAUCGGACCCCGGGGUCCCCCCGGCCUGAAAGGGGAGCAGGGUGACACCGUAGUGAUUGACUAUGAUGGCCGAAUCCUGGAUGCUCUUAAGGGUUCGCCAGGUCCCCCAGGGCCACCGGGCCCCCAGGGUGCUCCAGGUCCAAAGGGAGAGCUGGGCUUGCCGGGUCUGCCUGGGUUGGAUGGUGAGAAGGGUCCCAAAGGAGCCAAGGGUGACCAGGGCAGCGUGGGCAUCACAGGACAGAAAGGAGAGACAGGAGAAAUGGGCUUAGUGGGUCCACCGGGAGCAGAAGGACCAAAAGGAGACAAAGGAGACAAAGGGGACACUGGGUCACCGUGUUUGCAGAACAAUCAUAUCAUACCUGAGCCUGGACCUCCUGGAUUACCUGGCCCUAUGGGUCCUCCAGGAAUCCAGGGGCCUAAAGGCUUGGAUGGUGCAAAGGGAGAAAAAGGUGACAGUGGGGAGAAGGGCGACCACGGCCUAGCUGGACCCGCUGGUCUCCCAGGUGCUCCAGGGCUCAUCGGUUUACCCGGUACCAAAGGAGAGAAGGGAAAGCCGGGGGAGCCAGGAUUGGAUGGUUUCCCAGGUCUCAGAGGAGAGAAAGGAGAGCGAAGUGAAAGAGGCGAGAAGGGUGAGCGAGGAAUACCGGGCAGAAAAGGAGCCAAAGGGCAGAAGGGGGAACCAGGCCCCCCCGGACUGGAUCAGCCGUGCCCCGUGGGACCAGACGGACUGCCAGUAGCAGGAUGUUGGCAUAAGUGAUCUCUAAGCAUGAAGCACAGUAUGUAAAUAAUGUGAUAUAUUUGGAUCUUUUUAAUUUUUGUAUAAAAAAAGGAAAAAAAAACCUUUCAACAGUAAUAUAUUGACCUUUUUUUAUACUGGAUUCCGUCAUUGCUGGACUCUGAAAAUAUUGUAAAGUUCCCAAACCCAUAAGAUAACACAUGAUAACGUCAGGAUUUGAUACAGGUACCACUGACAGUAGCUGGAAAUAAACAGUGUUCACUGCUGUGUUGCUGUGUGAACUAAUACUACUGGACAGUGUGUUGCCUUCUGUGCCUUACCGCAUGCAAGAGGGAGAGAUCCCUGUCCUCUUUUGCCCCUCAAUUCUGUACUUGCAUUGCACAUGCACAUUAAAAGGGUGAAAAAACCUGGCUGAAAACAAAGAAGAAAAAAAGGCUGCAGCCCUAAAAAUGCAGGAGAAGCUGCUAUGUAUCAUCGGGGUCAACCAAAAGGACUUGCAACUUGCAGAGGAGACAAAGCCAAGCUCCAGUCAUUGCUACCUGCUCUUGGUGGGAUGGAAAUAGCAGUUCUUUGGCUAAACGGAACCACCUCGACGACGUGUGGUUACUUCCACUACUAUCAAGAAAAGCUUGCUUUUAUUAAGAGGAAGCACCUCUGGGUCCUGUCCUGGGUCUGUGGCUGAAGAUGUGCCAGCACUUGGUUACUGCAGACCCCGAAUUCCUCAAGGACCUUUCACUGCAGGACUCCAAACCACAAAAACCCAGUGGUACUUUCAGUGCAGGGAGUUGCAGGACAGGGAGGGCUCUGUUUUAUUCUGUUCUUAGACAACAGAGCACAUAAUGUUGCUUUUGGGGCUCCCAGAACAUGGGAAUUUGGAGUAUUUAACUGGUUUGGUUUGUAGGGUUCAUUUGCGUUGGAUUUUUCUUGGUUCACAUGGUUUUAAUUGUAACUCAGUAACUCUGCACAUCCCCCUUGUCCUCUUUCUUCUCCUCUUUUUCAGUAUCUUUCUUUAGGUUACCUUGUCUCAGGCUCAUCCCAUGCAGAGCAGGGUAAUGAAUGAAAGGAGGAUUAUGAUUUUGGUAUUUGCGUAUGGCAUAAAUGAGAUCCAAUUAAAAAUGUGCCAACUAUUCCACUGUUCAGUUUUAAAGAUGAUGUAAAAAAUAAGAGAUUGUGCAGUGAAGAGCCAUAAAAAGUUAUUUCAGGGAGGAAAAUAGCUUACAGCAGAGUCUGUUCAGCUUACAGUGAAGAUCAAGAAGCAAUAAGAUUCCUUUAAAGGGAGGAGACACUUUCUAUUAAUGAGGUUUUAGACUUAACAGGGAAAGAUGUACAAAUAUCCAUCCAAUGGAUAGAAGCUAAAGCUACACAAAAAUCAAAUACAGACAGACAUGGCUUUUUAAUGGUGAGACUGGUUAAUCCUCACCAGACCAGGGAUGUAAUCCCCAUCACUUUAAUGCCAUUUUGAUUUAAUAGCUCAUUUCUGGAGGAAAUACUUUAGCCCAAUACAAGAUGCUAGGCUCUGUGUGGGAGUUUUGGGGUGAAACUAAGGGCCCAAUCAUGGUAUCAGGGCUCUUUGUGGCCUGGGUUUUAGAGAACACAGAAGGGAGUCAUUUCUGGUGCACUGAGUAGAGCUGAACCCCCUGUUAGAUCCUUGUUCUGCUGCAUCUCUUAUGGAGCUGCUGCCAGAGGAAGGAUGCACGCAUCCAGGGGCAAUCUGUCUGCACAAGCUGACCUAGCGCUAAGGGAGUUCUUGCUCUGUGUUCUGAAGAGCAGCAGGAACAUGCUCAGUGCUCCAUGCAAUGACAUUUGACUGAUGUCUGUGAGGUCUUAUCUAUGCCUGGGUCCUAUGUGUCCUUGAAUGCCUUUAAGUCAUCUGGGAACAUCUGUUAUCUGCUGGUAAAUGCUAAAAAGGCCAUCUAGAUUGGUAGAUGUGGGCACAAAAGACUUAUGGCUGUAGGCAGUGAACUUCUGUUACCUGUUUUUGUUACCCUCUUAGGGUCUACACCUACACAUUGCUUGCUUUGUGGCUGUCCUCUGCAAUCUUUACCAGUUACUGACCAUUUUCUUGGCCACCAUAUAGCUGAAAUCCAUGUAAAUUCAGAUCAACUAACAAAUCAAGAAACAAGAAUUAUGUAACUCAAAACAGCAAUGAAAAUGCAUUUUAUUUACUUCCAUUUCAUGUUGUUAGCUAUCACUUUUGGUGGCGGGGUUUUUAAAGGCAUCAGGAGCAGCUGAACAAGCUCCCACUGUCUUUUUAGUGCUUUUGAAAAACCCCUUUACUGUCCCAAAUUAAAGCUAAAAAUCUUCUUCUGUGGAAGGUUGAAGGCAAAUCUCUCAUUGAUGUCAUGGGGAAGAAGAUCUGUAAUUGUUCCCUUAAUGUACAGUUGCUCUUCCCAUCUUCCCCCAGUCAUCUCCAAACUAAAAGCAAUUCACUAUUCCAAACCACGCUGUGGGCUUCUACACUCAAAUUCCUGCACGUGUCCUGUUGAUGGAACCUCUAUGGGUAUCAAUGAGAGUUCAGUCCUCAGAAUGACUGCGGAAAGCACAAGAAUCUGGAAGUGUCCACAAACAAUCUACAAUGCAGAUAGAAAAGUCUUGUUUUACAUACGCUGGCAAAAACUAAACAGCUUUCUAUCUAGCUCCUACUUGAAGUUUGAUAUCACUGAAGCUACAAGACAAGCUAACCUCCAAAGCUUAUGAAAUUAUAUUAAAAUUUAUAUUUUCUCUGAGGAAAUACCCCGAAGUCCUAUUAUCUUCAGGUAAACAAGUCAGUAUUCCGUCUUCAACUUGUGGAAUAUCCAGUGCUUGUAGGCAUCAACUGUGACCACUGCCAGGCCUGCAAAACAUUGAUACAGAAUACCAGAAUAGUGCUUUACCUAUUGCUGUCACCGCUCUGCAUGGCAGCCGUCCCCCUCCCAGCACAGAGCCUCCUCUGCAGCCACAGAACCCAACACGUUUGUGAUGGAGGAAGAGAACCCGUUUUGCAUCCACUGAACCUAACUGGGGGGUUAAGGGGUUACAGCUUGACCACUCACAGCAUUUCCAUGCCAGUCAAGGAGGAAGGCUGGAAUUCUCUUCCUAGUACAGUGCUGCUUCUGAUGCCCAUAACCAUCAGUGCUAUCACCUCAGCUGCCAAACCUUUUAGUGAACAUCCCAGAAAAUUCCCAGGAAAGUGCCUUUUCUGCAUUGGUUUGUUCUGCAUCCCAAACAUGGUGAGUCCAGCACAGAGGAGAUCCAUCUAUACACCCGUGGCAACUCUGAUGUUCAAGAUGUCUGACUGCACACAUACACACUGCAGCUUCUCUGGACUUCUGCCACUGUCGUUUCCACCAUAAAUGCUGGCAGGUAUGGAUCCUGCUGUACACAGCACCCAUUGCCACUCCAGCUACGAGGGACUAACCAGAAGAUCUCCGAGGAUCUGCUGCUGAUAUUUCUACUCUAGCAAUCCCUUCCAUUGUAAAUGCAGCUGAGACCUGUGGAGACAGAGCUCCUGGGAACACAACAAGGUACAAGGGGUUUUACUGUGAUCUGCACUCAAAGUCCUUCCCAUCUCUCAGCUGAGAUUGGUGCGUUUGGCCUUUAUAUCCUGACUCUUCUGAGUGUUCCUUACUAAUUGUACCAUGCACGUCAACAGACUGCAUUAGAGGCACUGCUGACUUCUGUAGGGACUGCACAGUCUAAGAGGAAAUCUGUUUAGACUUCACAUGCCUUCCACACACACAUAUUUAGAGGAGCAGUUUGUUCAGCCAUGAUCUUAUUGGGAAGAGUUAAAAAAAGAUGUGCUUUGCUCAGCAAAUCCAGGCCGGAUCAGUUGAUUGCUUUUUUUUUUCCUUCCAUAUGAAAAUGUUUAUGUGGGUCUUUGUGAAUACUUCUGAGUUUGCAAAUAGCUCACAAAGAUACAUUUUACUCGUAGGUAGUACUGGCAGGCUCAGUCACAUUCAGUCAUUAUCUCAGCCUCUUAAAAGCGUUUUUCCCCCUAGGAAACCUUUAUCCCCCCUGCUCUGGUUUGAAAGAAUGUAAGCUUGUUUUAAAGGCAUUCAGAAAUACAGCUGAGUGUUGCCGCUAGAUGUCAGCAGCAGUAAAGAUGAUAGACAGGGAGGCUGCUAAUAAUGCUGGUGAAAUAUAGGUCAGUCUGAGACUGAGCAAUGGAUUUAUCUUUGUCACUAAAGUAUAUGUUACGUUCAUAGCAAUAGAUAUUUUGGGUGACACGCUUUAAGUUAGUGAUCUUGGGGGAACCUGAAGCCCAGCCAAACUUGUGUUUUAUCUUUGUUUUCUAGUUUACAAACCCAAAUUCCUCAGUCUAAUUUAACUGACCAUGAAAGCAUGCUGGUUGCCAUUAUGUUAAGAAAAACCAUGUCUGCCUGUGCCCAGGGACAGAGGACAAGCAGCUUUCUCUAAGGCUUGUUCUAUUUAAAAUUGUAGCUAACAACCAUCUUUCCAGUUACUACCAACAUCCUCUCUCUAACACCCUGUAGUCCAAUCAGUUUUGGAAGCAGAGUUCCCAAACUGAAUCCUGAGGGCACAAGAACUCCCUUGAAACCUCCAAAAAGGUUCUGAUCUAUAAAGCUCUGUGUACACGGCAAACGCAUUACGUGACUAACACCAGAACUGCUACUGUCUGGUCCCCGGUGCGUGGGAGAGGUGAUGCUGCUCCCAAGUGUCAGCUUUGGGAAUGCUCCCUAAAGCUUUUGUGGGAAAGGGAACAUGGGAAAAUAACCCCCAUGUCUGUAACUCCAGUGCUGAAAAUGUGCUGGCAGCUUGAUCUGGCUGAUGGAGCAGGGGAGAUCUGCAGCUGAAUGGUGGCCUUGGCCAGGGAGGGCAGGAAUAUUUCUCUGGACUAUGAAACAGGUGGCAGAGAAAACACAGUCUGACUCCAAGCUGAACCUGUUUCCAAGCCUUAAUGUACUGGAAUUUUAGUUAAAAAUCAAAUCCAGAUAUUGCCACAUGCUUUGUUUCACUCUCCAGGGGUGCUGCCUGUUUUGUACACGCUGCUUCUAUACCUGCUGUAUAUAUGAUGGUGAUGAAUUUAUUUCCAAAUGGAUCUUUCUCCUGUGUGUUUAAAAAUAAGAGUGUUUCUUUUAAUGAUAAAAGACUUCCUGAUGUGUUUUCUUUUUAGGAAACCGACAGGUGAAAUAUUUAGGGGAGCUUUUGUCUUCUGUAAUUUCAUAAUUACAGAAUUUCAAUUUUCAUGUAAUUCAGCAUAUAAAAUCCUUGAGCAAAGCAGUGACAACACAUUUGAGGUCUCAGCAGUUGAAGACAUGCUAUCGGUCAGUGACAAAAAGCAAUCCAUGGAGAAUGACAGAGGUCAUUACCCAUGGUUUGGAGGUUGUCAGAGCAACCCGCAACCCAGGAAGCCUGUUUGUGAUGACCAAGGCUUUCACACCAGAAAGCCUGUGUUCUAGUUUGCCUCCUUUCUUCUCUCCCCCCAUGUGCAAAGCUCAGUGUCCCGUUUCAGCUGCUGUAGCCAAGCACAAAUGUGUUGGCUGCAGCAGUGAACUAGAUUUACACCAGCAGAGAUUUCAGUCUGCAGCAUUUGCUAUCGCACCAGCCCACAGCUCAGAGUGAAGCCAUGAAUUUUUGUAUGUAGCAUACGGUUCUGCAGUCAGCAAAAUAGAGCAGACUCUUAGGCCACAAUAAAGAACUCACCCAUCUGUAAUGCACAGCUUAAUUAAAAUAGUAAGAUGCCAGAAAUUACCAGCUUUAUCAUAAGGGUAAAUAACCAUCCUUGGUCAAUGUAACUGUGCCUUAUUAGCCUGUACAUUUAAUAUGCAUUAUAAACGAGUGUUAGAGCUUAGCUUUCCUGGCCACUGAAUACUGAUUUAAUGCUGCCCUCUGCAGGAGAUCUUCUUUCAAGAGACAAACACAUUUUAUACUACCGGACAAAUUUAAUGCAGAUUUAAAGUUGUGACACUGCCCCUUAAUGGACAGCACACACGGGGGUGGGCAUACCUUUUGAAAAGGGUAUCUGUAAAACAGGAGUGCAUAGAUAGAAACAUUGAUCUAUUUUUCUAAAACUAGUAUUUUUUUCUUGGGAAAUACCAUCAUACUCUCAUGUCUUUGAGGUUUUCUUAGCCCCACUGUUGCAAUAACAAGGGUUAUACAAAUAAAAUCUAUCUGUAGUAGGUUAUCUGUCAGGUUUCCACUUUUACGUUUCAGAGUAUGGAAGCUUUGUAUUAUGUUCUUUAAAGACAACAGAUUUAUAUUUAAGAUAUGCAGAAAUAUAAUAACAACUUAUAAAAAUACAAACAUUGACAUGUCCCCAAACCACUUAUCCUGAACAAACACUGUAGGCAUCUGACUGAAUUCAAAUCAGUGAAUUUGGUUCCAACUUGCACUAACAUAGCAAGGAGCAUCCUCAAUAGGUGCCCAAGGGUGGAAUAAAAACCCCAGUACUGCUUCAGUUCAUUUGAAGCUCCAAAGUUUCACCUGUUAAGUAUCUGCUGACAUACUAAGUAGCAUAGCCAGCCUUCCAGUUGUUUAACCAGGAAGCUUUUCAAGCAAGGGGUGAAGUAUCUGGAUAUAUGUCAAGAGGCCUGAGACACUUUAACCUGCCAAGGCCAUCUCUAUACUGACUGACCUUGCCAACCUUACAGGACAGUCCAGUCUGUCAUUUACCUGCUUUUUAAUUGUGUCCCCCACUGUAAUCCUGCAAUUAACACCGUUUGAAAUACUUCACAGCUCCACUCUGAGGAACCUAUUGCAGACUGAAGCAAACCAGUGAGCAAAAAAACUCCAUUUCCUAAACUUAAUUUUCCUUUAUUAAUAUAUUUUAAGCUAAAAAUUACUUCCUAGUAUUGUCAUGUCCCCAGGUGAACUGCUACAACUGUUCCAUAGGGUUGUGGUAUCAUUAGAUGGCACAACAAAAAGACAUGUCUGUUGUGUAAUCUGCAACUAAAGUAAGUGCUGAAAACCUGUCACUUAGAAAAGAAUGGAAAAAGGACUUAAUAGAUUGUGUGACUCUAUAGUGCUGUAGAGAGCCUGGGGAAAAACCACAGGAAAGCUGGGAAACAUGAGUUUUCAAUGCAUAAGAAGUGGCAUUACUGACAACAGAGUGGAAUAAGAAAUGCAUUAUGAAUAUUUGUGGGUUUCCUACAUCUCGGGACAACAAUCUGUCCCUAUUCACUGAAUUCUGUAAGAGUUGCUUCAUAGUUGUGUGGUUUUGUGGAACAGGCAGUUCACUUGUGUGUCAGUGUGGGAUUUCCUAUGGAAUGUAGAUAGUAAGGAACAGAAAGUCACAGUGGAGAUGUCCCAGGUAUCUGUAAAUGACACUAAUACCACUUGCUGUAUUUUUAUAUGCUGUUAAGCAUUGUGUUGCAUGCUUUACUUUGAAAAGUGCAUUUUACAUUAAUUCAUUAAGUAUAGGUGAGGAGGGCACAUCAAACUUGCAUUUCUGCAUCUACAUUAAAGAACUAGGACCUGCUUUUGCAAAGCACCCACGUACCCACUGAACUGCCAAAUGAAGCAGGAGAGGUAGCAAACUGCCACCAGCUAGAAUUAUUGUAGUCCUGUUGUGUUUGCUGGUUAGUUCCAUAGAGGGAGUGCAGCUUUAUGGACCAUUUAAUAACCUAGCAACUUUUUGUGUUACUGUUUGGGGUUCUUUUCUUGUAUCUUAAAAAAAACCACUCAGUAUGAUGAAUGUUCAGCACAAAACACUGCAGUCAAAACUGACAAUCGCUUGUUCUGUUGCAUUAAAUUCCUUUGGAUGUUUUAAAACUAGCAUUUCUGUAUCAACAUAAUGAAACCGUACCUGCUGGUAUCUAAAAUCCAAAUGAAAAUCUCACUUGUUUGUACACAGCUUAGAGAAAUACACGCAGUGUGUGCUUUUAUCUGUUUUGAAAUGAUGCUGAUAGUGCUUAAUCCUCUACCACAUUAUGCAAGUGUCCCUUAUUUAUGAGAGUGGUUGCAUCACUCCAGUAAGGCUGUUCAGAGGAGAAAGGGCUAUUUGUGUGUGUGCAGUUUGGACACCUUGCGGAAACUGGUUUUGUUUUGAAUGUAUUUACAUGGUAUUUUAUACAAAGCUGACUAAAUCUCCAUAAAAUGUAUCACCUUUUAAGGAAGAAAUAUAUAUAGAUAUUAAGAAUACAGAAAAUGUACUUAACAUCUCUAUUUGCAAACUCUCCUGUGAUUUUUUUAAUCAUGUUAUGUGCCACGGGAAGUAUUCUAUUUGCUCAUUUCUUUGGGGAACAACUCCUUUUAAAAUGAAGGCAUUAGUAACAGUAUUUCUUAGCCAUUGUUUUAACAUGUUAAAAUGGUAUUAAUUAGUACUGCAUUGUGUAUUUCUAGUUUAAAGCUGUAAUGGACAGUACAGGAAUUAGCUUGAGACCUCCAAAAAUGUUUUCGCUUGUGCUUUCUGUAAUAAAAGCAAAGAUUAGGUUUUAAAGAACGGUCUCUCUGUACAGAUUGCUUUUUCAGUUGUGUGAAUAUGUAUAAUGAACUCUGCAUUUGUAACCAAGAGUACACUUCCCAAAUUGUAAAUGUUCAGGUUGUUAUUAUAAAUAGCUACUAAAUAUCUUAACCAGACAAGAGUUCAAAUAAAGAUUAACAGUCAUUCGUAA